UAGGUAGGGAGGCUCAGCUACUUAUGACCAAUUGAUAUUGUUUUUGUCAAUUGUCAUGUGUCAUGUGUGAUCUGUUAUCUGUUCUAAAUUGACUCAUUUAAUUACAAAUAGUUGAAAUGAACGGUGAAUAGACUUCUAUUCGUUUGAUUAAAGUUUUAGUUAGACUUGUGCAGUUGUUUAAUAAUUAUUUGACAGUACUGGGAAAGUGAAUUUUCCUAAAAAAUGUGGAUGCCUACACAUGUCCAGGUCACAGUUCAAAAAGCGUCAGGCUUGUUGACAAAGGGCAAAAAUCACACGAAUGACUGCUUUGUAACUAUAGCUUUAGGAAAAACUAAAUACCAGACAUCUGUAAAAGAAAAAGCUCCUCCAAAUAUAGAAUGGCAUGAAGAAUGUGAAUUACCAAUACCUGACCAAGGAAACAAAGCUGACAUAGUUUUAACUGCAUUACAUCGCAAUUUUAUGGGAGUUGAUGAAUUUUUGGGUAGAGUUGUCAUACAUUUGAAUGAAUUGGAUGUUUAUGAGAGACCAAAAAAUAAGUGGUUUACCCUUCAAAGUAAAGCAGGUCAAGAGGGUAAAGCCAAAGACAGGGGAAAGCUAGAAGUGAAAAUUGGGUUCACAGUUAAAUCAGGCAGUUUAACAGACAUUGCCAAGAAAGAAAAACAUAAAUCCUCAAUGGGUCAGCUAUCUCAUGUGGCACAAUCGGUUGGAGGUAGUCUCCUCAGUCUUGGUAGUGGAGAAAAACGAAAAGGAAUAAAGAAAUUCGCAAAAUCAAUAGGAUCCAAAAUGCAUCUGAGAGGUAGAAAAGAUAGCGAUCUAGAUGAGAAUUCGUCAGUAGGUAGUGUUGGUAGUUUGCAAAGACGCAACAUUGGUUUCAAUAAUUUCAAAAGUAAGCAGACAAGGGAAGAUGCCGAUCCAGGUGUCGUGAGUGAAGACGAAGAUGAAUUUGCAUUUGACGAGCUGUCUCAUAAAAGUUCUGCCAGUUCCUUGAGUCAAAAUUUAAACAUCCAAUCGAACCCCAAUGAUUCAUCAAGUAAUAGUGAUAACAUUCCUCCGAUAAAACCAGCCAGGGCUGAACAAAAGACACAAGAUGAAUGGGAGACUAAAUUGCUUGGCAAGAAUAAAAAUUUAUUGAAGCCAAACAGUUCAGAAUCCCUUAACAGAAGGUCAUGGGAAGCCUCGAAGCUUGAUACUCAGAUUGAAGAAGAACCUCUGGAAUUGAAUUAUAAUUAUAAAGAAGUUGUGAAAACACCAGAAAAGGAAGAAAAACCUAAAGAAGAACUUGGAAUGUUUUCCAAGCUGAUGCAGAUGAGGAAAGAAAAACUUGACAUUUCUGAAGUUAAAAAGCCGCCAAGUAACUCCAAUGAACGUAUUAUUAUAGGUGGUGAAAACACAUCACCAGUGAUUCAGAGAAACAACAGUAAAUUGCCCAGUGAAUUGAUACAGAAGUACCAGAACAAAUCACGAGAGGAUUUGAUACUGAUGACAAUAAAUCUGCAAAAUGAGCUUGAUUCUGAGAAGAAAAAAUUGAAAGAUCUUGAAGAUUAUCUAGAUGAUUUGCUCCUUCGAGUAAUGGAAACAACGCCGAAAAUUUUGCAGAACCCUUAUGUCAAUUGCAAAUUGGAAUUUUCACAGAAAUAUUGAGAAUCAAUAAUUUCAAACCGUCCAUGUGUCUUCAGCAGUGCCUAAGUUAUUUAUUAUUAUAAUCGAUCAAGCGGUGAUAUCUGAGUAUUGUUGUUUCUUGUUGAAUUGCUGUGAUUCUAUUUUGCAGAAAACGAAUGACGUAAAAAUGUGUCCAUUUAAUAUUAUUAAUACACUUUUUUUAUACUAUUAUCAACAAUGUGAUGAAAUUGUUUAUUCUUAUAUUAAGUUGAUUUUGUUACUUAUUAUUUGAGAGCUGAGGAGUGAAAAUAUUUAUAUGUACCAAAAACAUUCACACAAAGUAGAAUCUUUUCAAUAUUUCAUUUGUUAUACGAGUUGAUUUUUAAGAAUAUUUCUGCACAAUUAAUAUGAGAGCCUUUGAGGCAUUCGUUGAUGAUUUAUUGUUAAUAAAAGAAAUGUCUUCCUUGAUAGAACUGACACUUCUUGACAGAGGUUGAUAAUACUGGUCACUGAAGUAAUCCAGACAGUUAUAAUACACGAUCAAGAAACUUCACAAUAUGCCUACCGAAGUUGAGGUCAAAACCUAUUAGAUCACGGUUAGAAGGACCGGAAUGAUCUAACUCUGUCGAAAAAUUUGAGAGCGAAAGCCUUUUGCAUUCUUCAUGUGGCACUUCUAUUAGAAAACGCUGCUCCAGUUGUCUGGCAUUGUUAUUUAAUAUUUCUGACUUCCGUUCUCAUAUUUGUUUUUUUUUCCAAAUGUAAAAAAUGAAUUAUUUAAAACAAUCACAUUGAACCAAAAAUAGAUAAAUCACCUAAAUAUAUUUUUAUAGAGUUAGACUUUUUUAACGAACAUAAUGUGAUUACAGGUAUUAAUCUCAUUAGUACUACCUUUGUGACGUAUAACAUUUAUUUGGAAGUUUUCUUAGGAGGAUAUUCCAAUUGUAUGUUUAUUAAUCUGAGGUAAAAUAAAAUAUACAAUUUUGACUUGCAUCACUAUUCACAUUUUAUACAUUGUUUUUAUUUAACUUCUUUUAUUAGUUCUUAUAAUUUUAUUGAUUGAUUCUGAUAUUUUUAUAUUUAUUUGGUAAUAUUUGAAUUUGUGAGGGUUGUUUAAUAAAAUGAAAAGUUGA